CACAGAGGCCCCGCCCCGUGGAAGAGCUCUCUGCAGGCCCCACGGUGCAUUUGGGUGAGCGGCGGCUGAGGCACCAGCUGGAGGCAGGGAGCGAAGGCUUCGGUCGGAACCUCGGUGCUGGACGGUAGCGCUCGGUGCAGCUCUCUGGACUCUGGGGUCCACGCUGAUGGCUGAUGAUGUCAGCGACUAACAAUGUGGCCCAGGCUCGAAAGCUGGUGGAGCAGCUGCGCAUUGAAGCUGGGAUUGAACGCAUGAAGGUCUCCAAAGCCUCAUCAGAACUGAUGAGCUACUGUGAGCAGCAUGCCAGGAGUGAUCCCUUGCUGGUCGGUGUGCCAGCCUCUGAGAAUCCAUUCAAAGACAAAAAGCCUUGCAUAAUUCUCUAGCACUCUCUCUCUCUCUCUCUCUCUCUCUCUCUCUUCUCUCUCUCUCUCUCUCUCUGAUCCCCUACCCUUCCUCCUAUUGUCCAAUUUUUACUGUGAGAAAAUACCUGAUUUCCUUACACUUUGCAUUCUAAAGGAACAGAAACCAUUGUGAAAGCAGACCCUCUUGAUGGGGGUGAAGUUUGUGACCCCACCUUGGGCCUCUGACUGCCCAGAUAUCAACCUCCCCCACUUCCUCCUGUCAAGCAUUGCUGGAGACCUGAGUGAUGUGAUUUUUUUUAAAGCCCUCCUUAUUUGGUCCUGGGGACAUGGCUCAGCAGGUGAUGUGCAUACUUUGCAAGCAUGAGGACCUGAGUUCUGGUCCCACAUAAAAAGCUCUGGUGCAAUAGCACAUGUCUGCACCCCAGUACUCGAGAGGCCCAAGGCAGGAUCCCAAGGGCUUGAGGGACAGCCAGCCUAGCUGUCACUGAACUCCAGUGAGGAUUCCUGCCUCAGAGCUAGAGGAAAAGAGCCAGCAUAGACCUGUGGCUCCACCCCUGACACACACACACACACACACACACACACACACACACACACGCACCCUGUGCUGCCUGCCGGUGCCCCUCCCGAGUGUGGAAUGUCAUGUACACAGUGAUGCCCUUUCUCCAGGACAGACAUCCAGGUCUCGACACAGAGCGAGCAGUUACUGGUAUGGCCGAAAGUGUAAUUUUGUCUCCUAAGCCUGAGACCCAUUGGGUCACUGGUGGCUCCCGUUUUCUCCCAGUUACCAAGGUUGUGUGACAGACAGAAGAAAUGCAGACUUGAUUAUCUUGAAGUGAUUGAGAAGGAGUCACAGAGAUGGGAUCCUGCAUUUCCGCGUGAUGAUGGGACUGUGACUCCGGUUCCUCCAACCCCUCCCUGGAUCAAAUCACUUUCCAACUAGCUGGAACCAGAGACCCUCAGUGUGAGGACUGCAGACCAGUUCUACACUUCACCUGUACUGAAAGAUUCGAGACACCUAUACCACAUAUACCACACCCCAUCCAUUUACUGCGCGCGCGCGGGGGGGGGGGGGGUU